AGUUAAUUUGGAUUUCAGGUGAUGCUUGUAUAAUGUUGAAAACAUCUCUGGACAACGUCAUAAGUUGGGGGCACCGAUACCCUCAAAAAAAAAGUUGGGGGCACCGGCAAAUGGACCCAAAAGGCCUAAUUACUCAAACGGGCUGUCAUCUAAAAUUUUGUCACAAACACCACACGCUUCCCAUGUCUGAUCCCUAGCUCGAAAAACCUGCGAGAACCUUGUUGUCCUCUCCUCACUCCUCAGCCACCUUUUAACCUACAGACAGAGACAUGACACACCCCCAUCGCCUAUAAAUAGCAGCCCCCGCAGCAAGAGAGACACCAACCAAACCCCCAGAGCCUCCCCAAGAGCAGCAAGAGAGACACCCCAGCACACCAGGCACACAAAGGCUAGCAUUAGUACGAGUAGAACAUCACAUCUCACCUGAAGAUGUCUUCCGGGUCGUCGUCUCGGAGCACCUCCCCAAGCUCCGACUCGGAGUGGACCAAGAAAGAGAACAAGAUGUUCGAGGAGGCGCUCGCCUACUAUGGUGUGAGCGCCCCCAACCUCUGGGACAAGGUGGCCAGCGCCAUGGGGGGCACCAAGUCUGCCCAGCAGGUGCGCCGCCACUUCCAGAUCCUCGUCGACGACGUUGAAAGCAUCGAGCACGGCCGCAUCCCCUUCCCCAAGUACAAGACCAGGGUUUUUGGACCUAAAAGGAUGAAGCAAUGUAAGCUCCAGUGGACAGUGAGCAAAGUUGUACAAACUAGGUCUCUAAGAAUGAGCUGAUGUUCUAAGAGGAAGCAAAGCAAUCAUGAAUUGGUUAGAAUAACAGGAAAGAAAGUGGUAUUGUCGAUUGUGUGUACAAAGUAUUAUUAGGUUAUGUCCAAGGUUAAGUCUGUCUCUAUGUUGUCAUAGAUUCUCGUCUACAUUCAUGAACUGCAUGUAGUUCAUUAUCCGCUUGAACCAAGUCGUCAAAUAAAAUGUCAUGUAAACUCAUGUGUUUGUGUUAUUCCUUAUUUGUAAGAAG